AACGGCAGUUGAGGUGUUCGUGUGUAACCUGGAGACCACCGAAACAUCCAACAGUGAAACAACAACACGUUUCCGUCUGUGUGGAAAUUAACUAAAUUUACUGAUGGCUCACGAAGAGAAUCAUCCAGCUCCUCACAGCACUGUGCACAGGUUCAUUCAGACCUGCCUGCCUUCAGCCGCCCGCCGGGUCCUCUUCAGCCAAUCAGAGGACUUUCCGGUGGCUCACCUAGUCUUCAGAGCCCUGUUUGGAGCCGCGAGCGGCACAGUCCUGUUCCUCUGCAUAGGCCGCAACCUCCCACUGACCUUUGACCUGAAGGUGGCAGUAGGAUGUUUGUUUGUUGCUGUGUGUGUCGCAGGCGGACUGCUGUCAUCGUCCUUCAGGUGUUCGGUCCUCCUCGUGUUUCCCGGCAUGCUCGGCUCUCAAGGCCGUUCCCUCGUGAUGCUGCUGACCCUGUCUGUGCUGUACACAGGUCCGGUUUCUAACAUCCAGCACAACGUGGAGGCCGCCGCUCUGUCUGUGAGCUGCAACCUGGACCUGCAGGUCCGUCACAGCAGAUUACUGUGGAGAGAAGCCGUCAAGCCCUUUCUAAACAUCACGCAGGAGCUCAUGGAUGAUAAAGCAGAUUUCCAGUUGGAGUCUCUAAAUGUCAGCAAAAAGUUUCAGGACAUCAGAGAUGAAAUCGUCCUUCAGUACGGAUACGACCGAUUUGAAACGAAACGCGGCGGGAACAGCACACAGGAGGAGUUUACCACUAAAACCUUAAAGCAGUGUGACAGUGUGGUGGAUCAGGGUGCACAGCGCUGCGCUGAUUGGUUCGCCAACAGAUGGACGACAUGUAUGGAGACAAUUCCCGUCCCUGUCAUCAACCACAUCCUCUGUGUUUCCAUGAAGUUUGACUUCCUGUGUGAUAUCACGAGAGUGAUGACUCCGUGGUGCAGGGAGAACAUUCCCGUGGAGGGAAACUUCGGGCAGUUCUUCGAUCAGCUGAACGUUUCUGUCGACCAGCUGUCCGGAGAGUUUAGCGCCGAGCUCGCUGUAGAGGAGGAGGAGCAGCAGCCGGUGCUGGGCGGAGCUCCGGUGGACCAGACGUUCACCGACACUGUUAAAGCAUCCUUCCAGAAAUUGACGUCAACCACGGGGCGGGUGCUGGAUAUCCUGCAGCUGCUCCUCUCCUUCACCUUCAUCAUCAUCUUCACCCAGGCGUUUGGGUACCUCAGACACUACAGGAGGGACAUUUUCUUUGACAAUGUUUACAUCACCUCCUACUUCAGAGAGAUUGAUGCCCGCAGACAGAAAGCGGGGAAGCGCUUCCUGCUGCCUCUGAAGAAAUCAGAGAAAAAAAAGCUGAUCGACCCCCGCAGUCUGAAAAUGUACCCCGGAGAGGUCACACAAGUGAUCUCAGGUGUGUUUCAGGUGCUGAUGGUCUCUCUGCUGUCCGUUGUUCUGCUGACUGUCGACUUCUCUCUGUUCCACGUCCUGGACAUCAUCAGCAGACACACCUUCACCCAGUUCAACGUCACCAGCAGUCAUCAGUUUGACAUCAGAGUGGGCGGGGACACCAUGAUGGCCCGCCUCCUGAGGACGACUAUUUCAGCCUUCAACAGCUCGUCCAGCCUCAACAUCCAAAGCGACAACCAGGAGUGUAUGUCCCCCCCCUCCAUGCUCUCUGCUGAGGUCUAUGUGAGCUGUGUGUGUUGUGUUCUGCUGAUGGUGCUGCUCAGCUGCCUUCAGGUUUACACCAACCGCCUCCGACGGGUCAUCGCGGCCUCCUACAACCCCGAGAGGGAGAAGACGAGAAUCGUGUUUCUAUACCACCUUCAGAUUCACAAACGGAUUUCCCCCACUGGCAGGAAAUCCAUCAUCGGCCGAGGACAGAGGAUCAGGAUGUGACAGCGUGAGCUUGCUGCCGCUCCGCAGCACCUUGUUCAGGUUACUCAUCUGGAUGUCGUCCCAGCAAAUCCUCCAGAGCUGAGCCACCAGCUCCUUCUCCAGCUUCAUCCUCCUGCAGCACAAAAGCAAUGAAGCAGGUUUUCUUCCAGUGAUUCUUCAUCAUCAUCUUUCUCCAGUGUGAAGCAGAAACACAACUGGAGUACGACAGUCUGAGCCUGCACAUUAAAUCUGCUGCGACCAGCUCUGCAAAAUGUUACUUCAGUUGGAUUCGUGACUUUGAUUUGAUUGGAUUAAACUGUCGGAGCUCCUGCAGUUUGUUUGUGGUUUGCUGACUCGGGUGAU